GACUUUUUGUAACUCGCCAAAAAGCUCCAGGAGUCUCUGAUUGCCUGUUCAGGAGACGAGAAGCGAUUCAUUUUGGAUAUUCUCUACAUUUAGCGCCGAUAUUAAGGUUCGGCGUACUGAACGAACGAGUCCCCGUCAUCUUGAUACGUCCAUCAAGUCCACAACGAACACGACCGGCAACGUAAAAGACAGGGCCGAUACCUAACAUCAAACUGUAAUCAUCCGACCAAGUAUCAUCAGACCAAGUAUCAUCAGACCAAGUAUCAAGUCAAUAGAGGAGCAGAUAUCAAGCCAAGUCGAUCCCGACUACCUCCGAGCAACAAUUCACCGCGUGGAGGAAGAGCCAGACAUCUUCACAACGCCCCCCCCCCCCCCCCCCCCCCCCCCCGCCCCAAAUGGCACCUUUACAACCGCAAUUCAGAGGGACGGCUUCCCUCACUCAGUUCCCGUCGAAGCCGCGCGUCUUCAUCUUGACGGAUAUCACCAACGAACCCGACGAUGCCGAGUCGUUCUGCCGAUACCUCACCUACGCCAACCAGUUCCGCACUGAGGGCGUAGUCGCCGUCACGUCGACAUGGCUCAAGAACAAAGUGGCGCCCCAGAACCUCCACGAAAUCGUUGACGCCUACGAGAAGGUCGUCGACAACAUCAACGCCCACACCCACCCGGGCUUCCCCUAUCCCUCGGCGCAGAGCGUGCGGGAUCUCAUCAAGUCUGGACCCCCGGUCUACGGCAUGGAGGCAGUCGGCGACGACAUCCCACUCAGCCAAGGGGGCGAACUGCUCCUCGAGCGGCUCACCGCGCCCGAGGAGGAUCCGCUCUGGGUUCUCGUGUGGGGCGGCGUCAACGUGCUCGCCCAGGUCCUGCACAAGAUCCGAGACCGGCCGGACGCGGCCAAGCUGCGCGAGAAGCUGCGCGUCUACACCAUCUCCGACCAGGACGACUGCGGAGGCUGGAUCCGGCAGCAGUGGCCCGACAUCUUUUACAUCUGCUCCGUCCACGGUUGGAACCAGUACCAAUGCGCCGCGUGGACCGGGAUCUCGGCCCCUUGCUCCGGCGACGUCGGGGGACCGGACGGCUCCAAGGUGACUCACGAAUGGGUCAAGGAAAACGUCCAAGUCGGGCCCCUGGGGGCUGCGUACCCCGAUUUCGAGUUCAUCAUCGAGGGCGACACGCCGACGUUCCUCUACCUUGUCCAAAAUGGCCUCGGCGUCCCGGAAGAGCCGCUCUACGGAUCUUGGGGAGGCCGGUACAUCCCGGCCAACGUGAGCCCAAAGGGCCUCUCUUCCAGGGGGCACUUUGCCGAUGCCAUUGACACCGUCAUCGGCGUGGACGGCAAGCCUCACAGAUCCAGUCAGGCCACCAUCUGGCGCUGGAGGAACGCGUUCCAGGACGAUUUUGCCGCGCGCAUGCAAUGGACUUUGACGUCGGAUUUCAGCAAGGCCAACCACCACCCCGUCGUCUCGGUCAACGGCGACUCCGGCUUGGCGCCGAUCCGUGUCGAGGCCGACGCCGGGGGCGUCGUCUCUCUCGAUGCGUCCAAAAGCUACGACCCCGACGGCGACAAGCUCAGCUUCAAGUGGUACCAGUACCGCGAGCCCAGUUCGCUGCAGACGUAUCAUGGCCUCGAGGUGUCCGACGUGGAGAUCAAGCCCUCCAACGACGACGGCAGCAGGGUGGAGGUGAAGAUUGCCCCUGCGGACAAGUCCUGCAUUGUGUUUAGGGAGAAGAUUCCUCUCGAGCGCGGCCUCCCUCUCCACGUGAUCCUCGAAGUCAAGGACAACGGCACGCCUUCUCUGACGAGCUAUCGCAGAGUGAUUAUUCAACCCGUCGAUAGGGACUUUAAGUCAAGGAGAUAGCCA